AUGCUUACAGGUCCUGUGGAUUCGAUGCCGUGGAUAGGGCGUUGUCUGGGAUCGUUCUUGCGAUUUUCGGCGCAGCAUCUAUGCCAGCUCUUUGUGGCCUACCUAAUAUCCCUCAGCCUGCUGAUUUUGGCUCUCUUGUCGACACUGAAGGGGGGCGGCCUGUUCAUACUCAGCAAGCCUCAAUUAUCGGGACCAACGAAGGGCUUAGUCCUGGCGAAGUCUAGAACGGAGGACAUCUCUUGGGCGUAUAAUUCAACGUCAGGAUGGAACUUGUUUAUAUAUACCUCCGAUGGGGAGCCUGGCUUUUAUUCCACGCCUUCUAACAAGGGCCGCGAGGGGAUGGCCUACCUCACGCACAUCAUCGAUAACUACGACAGCCUUACCGACGUUACCGUUUUCAUGCACGGAGGAGCCAGCCAGUGGCAUAAUGACGUCGGUGACACGACCUCCUCUUACCUCCUCUCCAGACUCAGAAUUGAAUCCAUAAGGCGGAAAGGUUAUGUGAAUCUGCGUUGCGAAAAUCGCCCGGGUUGUCCUGUAGCAAUACGUCCCUGGGACCCAGCCUUCACGUCAAUAGACGACAUCGUUUACUCAAACUUCACCACAAUAUAUACGGAACUCUUUGGUUUGCCAGUUGAACAGGUCCCACAGGAAAUUGGUGGCAUCUGUUGUGGCCAGGUUUCAGUGACCAAACAACGCAUACUCGAGCGGCCACUUGCGGAGUACAUCCAUAUACGAGACUGGGCUCUUUCAACGAGCCUGGACAAUUUCACCGUGGGGUCGGUAUUUGAAAUGCUCUGGCAUCUGGUAUUCAUGGAGGAUCCUGUCUCAUGCCCCGAUGCCACGCAGUGCUAUUGCGAGCUUUAUGGAUUUUGUAACGGAUAG